CAUCCGCGGCCACGCAGCGGCCCACACAGCAGGGGCGGAUGGGCGCGGCGCUUAUGCGCGCUGGGGAUUUCAAAGCGGAACAGGGGGGAGUUGUUUGUAAAGCUUUUUAUCUUUUUCUCUCUCUCUCUCUGCGUGUGUUGUGUUCGCGGUCGCUUGCUAUCCGGCGGCCGUCCCCCCCCCCACCCCCUAAAGGUCUUGCCCAGGUUCGCCGCACGCAACCCGAAUGACAUCCGUCUGAAUGAUCUCGGGUGGGUUGUGUUUAUUUUCCAACUUAACUUUUCCGGACGUUACCGCACGACGGCUGGGCUUUCUCUCAAUAACACAGUCGUCGUCGUCUUCGUCGUCGUCGUGAUGUCCAGCGGCGGCGGGAAGCCGUUCGAGAGAGCGCUGAGCAUCCUGCACGACAACGGCAGUGAGAUGCACCCCUUGGCACUGGCCGGAGCGCUGGACAUGCAGCUGGUGCAGCUGCUGCAGGUGCUGCGCGACAAGCCAGACCUGUUCGCGUUCGUCGAGGGCAACGGGAACGAAGCGCCCGGGAUGAGGUCCAACUCCACGGUGCUGGCCGUGACCACGCUGCGCCUUUGCGCCAAGUACCGGGAUCCGCACGGCUGCCCCGAGGGGGACAGCUGCCAGAAGCUGCACAUGUGUCGCUCCUACGUGCUGGGCAACUGCAAGUUCGGGCCUCGAUGCAAAUUUUCACAUGAUUUCAGGGAUGCACACAAUCGUGACUUGUGUUAUGAAAACAAAGUGGAGGGGCUUCCAUUUGACAAUAUUCAAAAGCUGCUCUUACCAAAUGACCCUGCUCUCCUCCCUCAGAUGUGCAAUACCUACAAGGUUUCGGGAGGUAACGAGUGUGAAUUUAACGAGAAAUGUACAAGGCUGCAUCUGUGCAAACAGUUUGUUUUAGGCAAUUGUAAAUUUGGGGACAAUUGCCGACGCAAUCAUAACUUGAACGAUCGAAAGAUUCAAAUAUUGCUGAAUAAGUUCAUGCUUACCGCCUACCGUAAUGACGAGGUGCUGAAACUGCUCUGGAAGAAGGAGCAAAUUCACAUUGCCACAAGGAGCAGUUCCACUUAUGUAAAUACGAAAUUGGACAAAUUGAGUGACAAACCCUUCAGUUCUGUCAAACCCUACAGUUUUGACAUGGACCCAACCAGGGGCAGAGGAAGAGGCAGAGGAAGAGGCAGAGGUAGAGGUAGAGGAAGAUCACAACCCCCAAGCAAUGUGGUUUGUCCAGAACUGCCCAGCACAGAUAAGCAGCAAGCUGGUGCAACAGGUUACUCACCUUCAGUGGGCACUCCUAAGCAUGGCAGUGAUGGUUAUACUGCAAUGGAGAAUGUCAAGGAGGACAAUAUCUCUCUAUUUCACCUCCUUUCUGAGUGCCAUUUAAAAGACCCAACCAGGGGCAGAGGAGGAGGAAGAGACGGAGGAAGAGGAAGAUCUCAACCCCCAAGCCAUGUGGUUCGUCCGGUAUCGCUCAGCAUAGAUGAUCAGCAAGCUGGUGCAACAGGUUACUCACUUUCAAUGGGUAUUGCUUCGCAUGGGAGUGAUGGUGAUACUGCAAUGGAAAAUAAGAAAACGAUGUCUUAUUAUCACCUCCUUUCUGAGUGCCAUUUAAAAGAUCCAACCAGGGGAAGCGGAAGAGACGGAGGGAGAGGAAUAUCCCAACCCGCAAGCCAUGUGGUUCAUCCAGUACCGCUCAGCACAGAUAAGCAGCAACCUGGUGCAACAGGUUACACACCUCCAGUGGACACUCUUAAGCAUAGGAGUGAUGGUGACACUGCAAUGGAGAAUGACAAGGAAGAAGAGAUCUGUCUAUAUCACCUCCUUUCUGAGUGCCAGUUUAAAGAGCGUUGCCUUAAAAGCCAUGCAAAGCUACCAUAUCGAUGGCAGAAGAGGGACAAAUUAACACGCAUAUGGGAAGACAUACCCGACAUGGAGACGAUUGAACAGCGGUACUGUGACCCUACCAAUGUCAGCUGGAAUUCUGUUGAUUUUGUAAGAAUGACUAUGAAUAACAAUGCAGUGCGACGCCUUUCCACGGCAAAUGCGGUCACCAAACCGGACAACUUCCUGCUUACCACAAAAUGGAUAUGGUACUGGCAAGAAGAUGUGGGGAAAUGGAUCACAUAUGGAUCACAGGCCACCACAAAUGAAAAGGCUAAAUCUGAAGUUUCAUCAGGAGAUCUGGAGAAGGCCUAUGAAAAGGACAAGAAAGAAGGUUUGAGUGUUUUUGCUGGGCCCUUCUUGUACCACGUCAGCUUUAAAGAAAUGAAUCAGACAAACAUGACGUUGGGUACCAGAAGAGAUGUGAGGAGGAGGCCUCUCUUUGUGUCAAGACGUGAUGUGGAAGCAGCAAGAGAUCGGUAUAAACAUCUGCGCAGUGUUGGGGUGGACAAUAUUCCCACCCACUGGGACAGCGCUUCUCUCUCCGAAAUCAGCACAUCGCUUGUUAAUGUUGGAAAGUUGUCAUCAGAGUACAAGGAGGUGGAAUCCUUGUUUAGAAAAACAGUCAACCAGUCUUUUGCUAUCAUCAGCAUAAAAAGAGUUCAGAACUUGGAGCUGUGGGAUGCUUUCCAGAGGAAGCGAGAGUGGAUGCGGAAGAAAAAUGGCGGGAUUGAGAUAGAGGAGCGCAAGCUCUUCCAUGGCACAAGCCCUGACAUGGUGACAGCCAUCUGCCAGCAAAAUUUUGACUGGCGAUUGUGUGGCACCCAUGGCACAUCCUACGGCAAAGGAAGUUAUUUUGCACGUGAUGCUUCUUAUUCUCAUUGCUAUGCUGUUGCAAGCAUCAAGAAAGCACAGCCACCAGUAAACGUACAGGUACCGAUUCAGACAAAGAAAGAGCCAGAAAAGAGUUUUCUUUCUACCAUUUUGAAAGUAUUCGGGAUUUCCACUUCAGAUGACUCGGCAGCAAGCCCCUUAGUAAGCGUUCCAGUAACAACUAGCAUGCCUGUAAAAACGGUGAUGUUUCUCGCACGAGUGCUGGUGGGCCGCUACACUCAAGGCGAUCCCAGCUACCAGAGGCCUCCUGAGCUUAAAACGUCCGUUUCAACAUACGUCGGAUCAUCGGUGUCUUCGUCGUUAGGUCUCUACGACAGCUGUGUAGACACCGAGGUGAAUCCCAAGAUCUUUGUGGUGUUUGAGAAAGAUCAGGUGUAUCCGGAAUAUGUCAUUGAAUACACGUCCUAGAUUCAAGAAAAGGCUGCUUUUCUUGAAUCUGUCCAGCAAGAGGCACCUUUUGGAGUGAGUUGAGUAAAAUGUGGUUUUGUCCAUAAUUGAGCAUUUUAUCAUUUCAGUUUAUCUAAGUACUAAAAUGGAAACGUUUCUGAUACUUUAUUUUAUUAAUAUUUUAUUUAAAAAGUCAGUUAAGAUAACUUCCAUAUGUAGUUUGAGUAUUGAUCAAAUUUUCAUCCUGUAUUAGCAGCCUUGAUAAUCAUGUUUUUAUAACUCAGUUAUUAAUGAUGCUCUUGCUCAACUUAGUGACAUUUUUUAUACCAAAUUCACCUGUUAAAUAUUUUAGUUGCCACACAGGUGAGUGUGCAACAGCUAAAUUAUUAUGCUUACUUAAAUGUAAUCACAUAUUACCAUUAUUAUGGAAUACUUUCGCUCGUUAAACAAAACAUUAAGGCAUGUUUAUUUUAUGAGGUGAGUGUUUAUCAUAUACGUUUUUUGAAUGCUUAAAAUUAUCUGGCCAUUCAAAUAAUAUUACAAGAGCCAAUACAAUAAUUGUUUUCUUGAUUAAACACAUUUUUGGGAUGCAUGUCAACACUAGCAGUAUCUAUUGUACUCUAGACUGUAGGAGUUAAAUUACCUUCAUGCUCUAUAAAAUCACCAUUGUAUGUCUUUAUAACAGACCUCAACCUAUAUUUAAAAGCUUUGAACUGCUUUUAGUGGUAAAGAUCCAAGGGCAAUAUGAAGUCAAACUAAAUAUUUCGCUCAUGUAAUUCAGGCCUGACCAGGACUAAAUUAUCCUUAUGGCGGUACCCCGGGGUACCGAAUGAUAUAAAAUGGCCGAGGCAAUUAAAUAUUUUAUUUUUGGGACACUUUUUUCCAGGGGUGUAAUUUAACUCCGCGACAGGGGUAAUAAUCAAUCCGAAAUCAGUGCUACUCCGCGAUGUCGAAACGCCAAACAGCAUACAAAAUCCGUUAUCGAAAAAUUCAACUUUGAAUAGUGCAUCGUGUACAGCUCGUCGAGAUGAGUCGAUUGCCACAUUAUGCGAGAGCCGGGGUACUAUGGUACCCCGGAGUACCGCCAUAAGGUUCAAAUGUUAAAGUUUAUACUGUGGUUUUUGUGGAGCUGCCCAAUAAUUUUGAAAUAAAGUGAAACAUUGAAAUCAAUAAACAUCAAUGUGAGCUGACCACAACUCGGAUAGAAAGUGAACGUGCAGUGGUAUUGGUGUAUACAAUAUUGAAUAGGAAGGAUUUUCAUUUAUUCAGUGCUUAAAUGCCAUAUAAUAUCAAAGAAUGUUGCUUUAAAAACUUCCAUGGGAGAAUAGAAUAUCGAGGCAAAAAGGGAAAAGAGGAAUGGGAAAAGAGAAAAAAAACUUCAAGAACAUCACAAAUGAAGGGAUACACGAUUACCUGUACAGACACACUGGGUCACAACAGUCAACAUAAACCUGAGCAUCAGGAGACGACCGUACAAAAUAGCCAGUCCACCAGCCAGUAACCUAAUCGGCACCAUCCAUCCUUGCCGAACCCAGGACGAAUCCCACAGCUCCCAAAAAAAGCCAGAAACCCCUCCCAAGACAAUUAUGACAGGCCCCUUUUUCUGUUUACGUGUUGAGCUUUUAAAAAUAUAUUGUUUUAAGCUAAUCUUUUGCACAAUUGUGGGAAUAAUCUUUUGUCAAUCUGCUGCUGAAUGAAGGCCUCGCCAUACGGUGUCAUUCAUGGGGAGGCCUUCAUCUGGCAGUGGAUUCACAAAGGGUGUUUAUGAUGACUACAUUUUACGUACAUUGCACGGAUUUUAUGUAUUAUUUAGCAUUAUUUAAGAAAUAUAUUUUUGUCAUGAGAUUUUUGCAAACUUGGAAUUGUCAUGUUAACCUUCUCAAUGAAUGUUGCUACAAUUGUAAAUUAAAGGUAAUGUGGAACAAAAAAUAAACCCAUACAUUUUGGGAAUCUGUUCGUAUUUGCAUAAGGGAAUACAGUUUGACCAAAAUACAGAUACAAUGGUUUA